CUUUCUGCCCUCCCUCUCCCCUCCCACUGGGAGGAGAGCGCUCCGCUGCUGAGCCGAUAGGGACUGCAUCCUCGGCGGUGGGGGCGGAUGUCCUGGGGAAUUCUCGGAGAGCAGUAGGAGGAAGGCUGGGGAUCCCGGUCUCCUGCUCGCCGUCUUCCCCAGAGAAGGAGGAGGCGGCGACCUGAAGAACCCCGGGGAGGGGCAGCGGCGGCUGGGGAGGAGGAGGAGGAGAACAACACGCGCGACCCCCCGCUGAGGAUCCCCCCCUGCUGAUCCGCCAUGGGUAAUACCACCAGCGAGCGGGUGCCUGGGGAGCGGCACGGCUCCAAGUCCCAUCGAGCCGAUGGCGCGGGUGGGCAGCCGCACGGCAAGGAGCAUCCGCACAAGAUCAUGGUGGGCAGCACGGACGACCCGAGCGUCUUCAGCGUGCCCGACUCCAAGCUCUCUGGAGACAAAGAGUUUGUGUCAUGGCAGCAGGAUUUGGAGGACUCUGUGAAGCCAAUGCAACAAGCCCGUCCCACAGUCAUCCGAUGGUCUGAGGGAGGCAAGGAAGUCUUCAUCUCUGGUUCCUUCAACAAUUGGAGUGCCAAAAUUCCACUCAUUAAGAGCCACAAUGAUUUUGUUGCCAUUUUGGACCUCCCUGAGGGUGAGCACCAGUACAAGUUUUUCGUGGAUGGCCAGUGGGUCCAUGAUCCAUCAGAGCCUGUUGUUACCAGCCAGCUUGGCACUAUUAACAACCUGAUCCACGUCAAAAAGUCUGAUUUUGAGGUAUUUGAUGCUUUGAAGUUAGAUUCUAUGGAGAGUUCAGAGACUUCAUGCCGAGACCUGUCCAGCUCUCCUCCGGGGCUUUACGGUCAGGAAAUGUAUGUCUUUCGAUCAGAGGAGCGCUUUAAAUCCCCGCCCAUCCUCCCUCCUCACCUCCUCCAGGUGAUUCUCAACAAGGACACCAAUAUUUCGUGUGACCCGGCCCUGCUCCCUGAACCCAACCACGUCAUGCUCAAUCACUUGUACGCGCUGUCCAUCAAGGACAGCGUGAUGGUCCUCAGCGCCACACAUCGCUACAAGAAGAAGUACGUCACGACGCUGCUGUACAAGCCCAUCUGAAGGGCCCUGCCACGCCGCCCCGCACACGGGGACUGAAUCCCAGGCUUGGCUUAGAAUCCAGACCUGUCUGGAGCUCGGAGGCCGGCCUCUGGGAUUCGGAGCCUCCUCUGAACGGGCCCUCGUGUUCCCGCAUCGGACCGCAGCAGAGCCUGGCGAGUCGUGUGUGGUUAUUUUUUAAGAGAAAAGUGUGGACUCGUGUGCGUAUGUAUCAUAGAGACAGGAUCUCCGGGCGACAGAACCCGGCUGCUGCCCCGUCUUUCUGCAGCAAGGCCUGUGGGGGCCUUGCGAAGGCCGGGGGAGCAGAAGUGACACUGCUUAGCGCCAUUUCCCCGACCUCCGUGGGACGCUUCAUGGGCAGGACCGCGGUCUGGCACAGAGCCCCAUCCCAGGAGCUUGCGCUCCUGCGGGAUCCCUUUCAUCUCUGUGGAAGCUGGCCUCGAUUAAGUGGACGUUUCCUAGAGGUGCCCAGAGGGAGGCUCCCCCCACGCCGCCCUCUAUCCUUCCCAGGCCCUUCCCCAGCUCCUGUCCAGAAGCAGCCGUUCCCUUUGGACCCUGUGCUGGGUGUGGUGAGGCUUCUACCAAUGGCGCGGCUCCCUUAGCCGCCCCAUCACCAGAAAGACUCACCUCCCGAAGACUCCCCUUUUGGCCGGCCCUCCGCUAUGAAAAAAUGCCACCGCGCACGUGUGCAUAUGUGUGUGUGUGUGUGUGUGUGUGUGUGUAACACAUGUUCUAUGUAUAGAGAGUGGAUGGUGUGGUGUGAUGAUAAUUAACAUUUCUGAGGCGCUUUGAAGUUUACAGAGCAUGUUACAUACCUGAUCCCUUUGAACCCUAAUAACUCUAAGGUACAAUGGAAGUUAUUUUUCUCAUUUUGAAGAGGAGGAAACUGAGUCUAAGAGUAAUUAAGUGGCUUGCCCCAUGGUCACAAAGCUAAUAAGGAUCAAAAGUGGGAUUUGAACCCACAUCUUCCUAAUCCUUCCAUCCACCCUUCUGACCCACUCUUGACAUGUUGCUCUGGAAGUUCAUUCUGGCUUCUGUGGGUAGAGAAGGGAAUUCCCCUUCCCCCCUCCCCAAGACUCUUGACUUGAAGCUAAGAAACAAGAUGGCGCCCCUGGUUCCUCAGAUCAUCUAAGCCUGCACUGAACUUUUUUCUUUUAAACUCUGGCCUUCUAUCUUAGAAUUGAUAUUAAGUUUUUUGUUUGUUUUUUAAACCCUUACCUUCCGUCUUGGAGUCAAUACUGUGUAUUGGUUCCGAGGCAGAAGAUUGGUAAGGCCUAGGUAAUGGGGGUCAAGUGACUUGCCCAGGGUCACACAGCUGGGAAGUGUCUGAGGCCAGAUUUGAACCUAGGACCUCCAGUCUCUAGGCCUGACUCUCAAUCCACUGAGCUACCCCCUUGAUAUUAAGUAUUGAUGCUAAGGCAGAAGAGUGGUAAAGGUCAGACCAUUGGGGUUAAGUGGCUUGCCCAGGGUCACACAUCCAGGAAGUGUUUGAAGCCACAUUUGAACCCAGAUCCUCUCAACUCCGGUACUGAACUCUUUAUAAGAUUUCUUUUUUGUUCCAUAUAAUUUUAAAAGUAACUUGACUUUGGCUUAGCAGAAAUCAUGGAGCCAAAUUGAUCGCUAGUGUUGAGGAUUAUAAUUUGGUAAAUAUUCAUAAUCCUUCCUUAUUUACAGAUUAAAUGCAGGUCAUAUAUCCAGAACUGGCUAACCCUAUUACUGGCUCAGGGGCUCCCAGACUGCUUAAGAUGGAUUCCGCCACCCUUACAGGAUACCAGCAGGUCCCCUUGGCUACCUCCUGCUUGUCCUAAGCUGAGAUUGGAAAAGAACUGUUGUCCUGGGUGGGUGCCCCGAUGGUCCUCAGUAUCCUGGCCAGGCACCAUCUUAGCUUGAUGGGGCAGGGGACAGGGAUGCCCCCGGAAUGGGGGGAAUGAAUGAAAGUCAUUAAGGACCCCCCCUAACCAUGGAGCUUCAUUUAUGCUGCUUUGGACACUGGAAAACCUCCCCCUUUGCCCCAGAAAUCUUGCAUGGAGAACCUUCUUUGGGCCCAGAUACCCAUUGCCCUGCGUGGUGGCAGUGGUGGUGUUUUAAAUAGGCCAACUCGCCCUGCACGUUCAAAUUUUGUUUGAUAAAAUAUUACAUAAAUUGAGUGAAUCACAGGUAGAGACUCGGGUCUUUUUGUGACACGUCGAGGCCUCGUGCAGGGUUAUUUGUUGUGACAGGAUUGAACCAAGUUGUUGUCUCUGAUGAUCUCUAGUCAUGCCCUGACAUUUUCAUCCCAUACACGGCCCUGUGGUAGUGGGGUUAGGCGGGGAAGGGAAUGCUCAUGUCUCCUCAGGCCAGAGCCCCAGGGUUGUGGCAGCCGUCUGUCACGGGUGAUGCCUGGAGGACCAGGCCUUGGGCAAGUCUCAGCCAGAAGACGAAGGGAGCCAGCUCAUUGCGGUGGCUUUGGUGGGGAGGGUGAGGGAUGACCUGUUCCAGGCCUCGCUCCCUUCUCCACUCGACCUAAUCUGAGAAGCCCCCACAGAAAUCGUUUUGGCUGUCUGGGAGGAAGGGGUGAUUUUGGAAGCUUUUACAGGGGUUUAAGUGAUCACUUUAUCUUCUGCUUUAGACAUUGGGGUGAAAGUUCAGAAAGGAGGGCAAAGGCAGGCAAGCUUCCUUUCACUUUUCUAAUUCUCAGGACUGAGGGAAAGCUGGCACGUUAGCAGAAUGGAUUGUCCUUGAAGGAGGAAGGACGCUGUAAAAGGACCUCAACAAGGUGUACAAGAGUGGGGGAAAGGAGGAGGGAGAGAGUGUUUGCCUCAUCCUCCUAAGGGCACAGAAAACUGUGGCCCAGCUUAGAAACCUGGCCUUCCGUCUGAAAAUCAAGCGGGUGAUCCUCUCCCAUUGUGUGGGCAUUCAAUUGGGGGUCCCUACAGAUACUCCUCUCCUAAGGACAUGGUCACUCAAUUCCAGCAUCACUGGAAACAGACUUUUAAUUUUAAGCCAUAAGGCCAGCAGGCAAGACAAGUAGAGGGUUGUGUGGAGUUUGAUGAAACGUGAUGGGCCUCUAUGGCCGCAUCCAGCCCAGGGACACCAAGACAGGAAGUGGGUUCUAUUCUCCACUAUGGAAAGAAGUUAGACGUUUCCAGAUGAAAACUUGGGAAAGAGGCCUGCUUCUUAGGGCCUGGUUAUUCUCUCGACUCCUCGUCAUUCCCAGAUUUCCUCCUUGGAGACUCGUUUACCAUGAAGCAGUGGUAACUAACACCCAUUUCUUACUUCAUGCUGCUGCCGAGUUGAGAUUUGCCUUUGGAAAGGGUUUGGGGAAUGAAAUGAAUACGUUCAUCGAGGAAGCCCCUUGUGGCCAUCUUUUCCUUGGGGAAAUGAUAGCUGAAAUGACGUUCAAUGGCAUGGGUCUUUAUGAAGUGUGCCGUGUUCUAGCACAUUCUCUGAAUCUAUCUUCAGGGGCCUGACUGGACAAAAACCAGGUAUCUGAGUCUGAGGAGGUCAUUGGUCCCUCGUUUAUUCUUAUUUCUAUCUUGAGAGCCAAGUCCCUGCCAUUGUUUAUCAGCUGCUACUGACUAGUUAUUCACAGUAUCAAAAUAGCAUGUGUUGAUGGGUCAGAGCAGACAGUUACACAAUUCAAGGCUGCAAGGGACGGAUCCUCUAAGACAAGAGACCUUUUGGAGCCCAAAGUCCUCGGGGAGUCCUGAAAGAGCUUCCAGAACUCUGAUUUGGGCCUUCAGACCUGAGCAGCCCCUUUUAAAUGUUUUAUAAGUUGAACUGAAUUCAGUAGCUGUCCUAGUUUGCUGCCCGAGAUGGAGGAGAUGUUAUUUUCUGACAAGGUUUUGUUUCACUUGGAGAUCUUCCCUUUAGUCCGAUGGCCAAAUCUUAAGUUCCAUUUUCAUUUCUCUGACAUUAAGUGGUAUCACUGUACCCCAAAGAACCCUGGCUAACAUAGAGGUAUUCCUAGGAAUGAAAGCUGAGACAAGUGCUGAACAGUCAAUUCUGUUUAUCUCCAAAAGGAUAACUCGUGAAGGGCAGUUACAUUGAGUGUUAAGUCUACAUGUUCUUGCUUCCUCUCAGCAGGCACUUGGCCUGACUGGUAUGUUGUUUCAGAGUGCCCAAAGCAGGAAUGCUGGUCUUUGGAAUGGUCAUGAUCUUUGCCUGGGCCCUUGAAAAGGGCUCAUUACAUUUUCUGAGAGCAGGAGGCUAACUGAUGUGUUGGAAUGUUUUGAAUGAAGGCAGUGUCAUGUCUUACACAUUCUGGGCGGGGGGAAGGGGCAAACCUGUCGUAGAUGGGAUGACCCCUCCUUUAACUGGUGCUUUUUGUCCCUUAAUAUUGCCAAGGAAUAGAGUUCACCUUGAAUAUUCCUCAAGAUGUGCUGUUCAAGGAAGAGCUCGGUUUUCCCUGAUGCUAACCCUGGAUGCAUUGUGUGAUAUCUUUAGUACACAUUAUUCCUUUUCCCCUGAAUGUAACUCUUAAAUAAAAUGAUUGUACAACAUAA